AUUGAAAUCUGCUACAGCAAAAGCUUCAUCAGUGCCCGGAUUGAAAUCUGCUACAUGGAGAGCUCCAUCAGUGUCUGGAUUGAAAUCUGCUACAGGAAGAGCUUCAUCAGUGUCCGGAUUGAAAUCUGCUACAGGGAUAGCUCCAUCAGUGUCAGGAAGAGUUCCAUCGGUGUCAGGAAGGACAUCCGCUCCAGGGAAAGCUUCGUCGGGGUCAGGAAUGAUAUCUGCUGCAAGAAGAGUUCCAUCGGUGUCUAGAACGACAUCCGCUGCAGGAAGAACGCCUUCUGUGUCUGGAAUGACAUCCACCGCAGGAAGAGCUCCAUAUGUGUCCAGAAUGACACCCGCUGAAGGGAAAGCACCAUCUGUGUCAGGAUUGACAUCCACCGCAGGAAGAGCUCCAUUUGUUUCCGGAAUGACGUCCGUUGCAAGAAAAGCUUCAUCGGUGUCUGAAAUGACAUCCACCGCAGGAAGAGCUCCAUCGGUGUCUGGAAUGACAUCCGCUUCGUCAUUGUCUGGAAUAGCAUCCGCUAUAGGAGGAGCUUCGUCUAGAUCUGGAAUGUCUUCUUUAAAAGCAGUUUCACCUAAUUCUAAACAUGUGUCCGAUCAAAGCUCUGGCUCUGAAUCACGUCUAAAUAAAAUGUCGAUGAAUUUCGUUUCUAGAGGUAAUACAAAUAUAGAAAAAAGUUCAGAAGGUAAAUUCCAAUCUGCAAUAUCUGAUAUACAAAAAUAUGUUGAUCAACAUAAUGAAGAUGGUUCUAAAGGAAUGAAUCAAGACGACUCAAAAGGGUUCAAUCAAGACAAAAAUGAAAUACAAAAGAUUGAAUUCGAACAAAAACAAAAUGAAGUAUCAGUGCAAGAUCCACACGGUAGGCAGAAAAUAGAAAUUGAAAUAAAACAGGUUGAAGUUUCCAAACAAGACGAACAUAAAUCCACUGGAAGGAAUAGAUUUAGAGAAGAAGAUGGUUCUAAAGGACAAAAUCAGGACGGUUCACAAGGGAAAAAUCAGGACGGUUCACAAGGAAAAAAUCAAGAUCAAGAUAAAACUAAAAGUUCAUGGGUGAUCAUUGGACAUAGCACAAACACAGGCGUUUCAUCACAUAAUGUGGGUAUGUCGCAAAUUUCAGCAACUGGGUCACCUCAACCUAAACAGCCUUCAUUGAAUAUGAAUAUAGAUGCCGCUGCGAAAGGUGUCAACCCUAAUAUUAGAAAUACAGCUAUCAAUGUUCAACUUAGAAACCAACAAACUUUAGCCAAUCAAAUCAAAUCAAAUAGACCUUCGCAAAACUUCAGAAAUUCCGCUGUUAACCUUCAGCUUAAAAACCAACAAACAUUGGCCAACCAAAUGAGAUUACCUAGGCCUUUGAAAAGGCUUUCACGGCCUUCAAAACAAAGUAAACCCGUGUCUAUACCAGUCCAAGGAACUGUCUCGUCGUCGGCUCAUACUACUGCUGGAUCUACGAACAUGGAAAUACUAGCAGCGCUAAAUUCGGCAGCCAGGGCUCAGUCCAUAAAGCCAUAUAAACCGCUUAUACAACAACCUUUAGUCUCGGAAGUAGAUACAAAACGACCACGGCCCGCAUUUCUAGAUAAUAUUUCCGGAACAUCUCCUAAAGAAUGGAACAUACUGAAGUCUUCUCUACCAUCAAAGCCGCUUACCCAGCAUGGUGCGCCAGUAACAGGUCUGCUAGGAUGCUCUUGUCCUCAGGCAACUCCAAAAACACCAAAGCCACAAUUGAUACAGGCUACGGCAAAAUUAGCGAUUGUUGGGGAUAGAAAUGUUCUGAUAGCAAAAAUGCCUAGAGCUAAAAUUGUAGAUGCAGAUGGAAUGGGAGAUUUUCACUUAGAAUUUCCUAACUUAAUAAUACAGCCAACACUUACUGAAAAAAUUGCGUCACCAUCUGAAUUAUUCGGCAUGAACAUGAACUCCGGAACAGACUCGACUGACGACUCGGAUAUAUUGGUUGUUGCAUUGUUACCUAAAGGAUCGAAACUUGGUUCCAAGAUGUUUAAAAAUUUAAAGAAAGAUUUACAAUUCAAUAACCUAUUUGAUGCAGACAUAGGUACACAGGUUAGCGAACUAAAUGUAAAUAAACCAUCAGAUACUAACUUAGUUAAACAGGUUAGCGAUUUAAGUGUAAAUAAACCAUCAUAUACGAACUUAGUUAAACAGGUUAUCGAUUUAAAUGAUGAUAAACCAUCAUAUACGAACUUAGUUAAACAGGUUAGCGAUUUAAAUUAUGAUAAACCAUCAUAUACGAACUUAGUUAAACAGGUUAGCGAUAUAACUAUAAAUAAACCAUCUGAUGAUACGAAUAUAGGAUCAAAGGUUAAUGAUAUAUCUAUAAAUAAACCAUCGUCAGAUGUUAACAUAGGAACACAGGUUAACGAUGUAUCUAUAGAUAAACCAUCCGAUGCAAACAAAGAUGCUAAGAUUACCGUUGAUACUAGUAAGGAUGAUGGGAAAUUUAAAAUCAAGGUUCAAGCUGAAAACGUAAAAGAUUCGACGAUUUCUGCUAUAAAAGAUAACUUAUCAAAGAUAAAAUCAGACAAAAUUAGUGUUGAUACAAGCAAAGAUGAUGGGAAGCUUAAAAUUAAAAUCAAAGCCGAAUUGGAAAAGACUGAUGGUAAUGCCGAUAUCAAUGUUGUGAAAACAGCUCAAAGCAAUGUUAACGACAAGGACAAUUCAAACUUAAAAUUAGCAAAUGUUCAAAAAGUGAAAGCAUUAGGUGGUCAAAUCAAAUCUGAAAAAGACUCAAAUUAUGUCGCUUCCAGUUUCAUAACCAAGAAGGAGCCUACAGCUUCCAUAUCAACUCCAGGAAAACAAAAUGUUAUUUUGUCCGAGGCUAAUGUUCUUCCAACUAAACCUGUUGUUCAGAUCAAGAUUGAAAAAAGCAAAGAUGACGGAAAGUUAAAAUACAAAAUAAAAACAGAAACAGGACGUGAUGAAAACAAAGCUGCAACUGUCAUAUCAACUCAAGGAAACAUAGCUGCUUUUUUGUCCGAGGCUAAGGUUCUGCCUGCUCCAUCUGUUAAUCAGAUCAAGAUUGACAAUAGCAAAGAUGACGGAAAGUUUAAAUACAAAAUAAAAACUGAAACAGGACGUGAUGAUUAUAAGGCUAAAACUGCCAUAUCAACUCAAGGAAAACAAGUUGUUAGUUUGUCCGCCGCCAAGGUUCUGCCUGCUCAACCUGUUACUCAGAUCAAGAUUGAAAAGAGCAAAGAUGACGGACAGUUAAAAUACAAAAUAAAAACAGAAACAGGACGUGGUGAUAACAAGGCAAAAACUGAUAUAAAACUGACAAUAGAUAAAUACGGUCGUGUUUUACCAGAUAUAGAGGUUAAAAAGCAGUUCAGGGAUAGAUCUGUGUCUGUGGAGAGAUCAUCUUUUGUUCAUUCUGGUAAUCAUGCUAAAUCGAACCAGAUAACUGUAGCCGGCAAACAUACUGAUAGAUCUAUUAAGCGUGAAGAAGACGGAGAUAAUACAUACACAAUAAUACAGGGGACCGGAAAUACGUUAUCGGCUGGUACCGCAUCAGUGAGUAUAGGUGUAGACUCAGCAAAAACCACAAAGAUAGCAGAAGCUGUAAAAGCACUCACAGCUCUACAAAAAUUACAGGCAAAAAAUCAAGCUAUAGCAGCAGGAGGUAUAAGGUCAAAACCAACAUUGCCUGAUACAACAUAUAAAAUACCUGUCAAUGGUGGAAGCCUCAAUACACUAUCAGAAAAAUUAUCAAAACAAAUAAAACUAAAAUUGAAAACUGACGAUGUGGACGUUUUAUCUAGAAAGAGACUACUAUCUGCAGUUUUAGCCAAACAACCAUCGCUUAGUAAUGUUGCCUCUUCAGCGACUGCAGUAGCAGCGGCUACUCCUAACUUAGAAGCUUUGUGCUUGCUAUAUCUGGGAGCAUUCAUCGACUCUAUUGGAUACGCACCGUUCCCUGGAAAAUGUAAUAAAUUGGUACAAUGUUUCUAUCUUGGUGGAAAACUUCAAACUGUUGCCAGAGAUUGUCCUGCUGGUAUGUUCUGGGACCAGAAGCAGCUGUUGUGUAGACCACCAGAUGAUGUUAUUUGCCUCGAAGAUCAGUGUUUGAUUCAUGGAACAAAUCAUUACAGAAGAGAUGGAGGGUGUAAUUGUUUCUACAGAUGUGUUGAAGGGAUAUCAGUACCCUCAUGUUGUCCUAAAGGUUAUCGCUAUGACGACGAUAAAGAAUGUGUCCGCGCAUCAGGCAGGGAUCUGUGUGACGACGAGUGUGAAACACCUAGUAUUUUAACAAGACAGCUUACUCAAACAUCUUGCCCAAGCUUGCCAGAUCCAAUGAACAGAUAUGGUUACCUUGCUCCUCAAUAUGGCGGACUAAGAAUUCGAGCUUGCCCAUCCGGAACUAUUUACAGUGAGAAUCAAUGCAGGUGUAAAUCAAACAUGAAUGGAAAUGGAGGAUUAAGAGGAAGCGCAAGAAAACAAUUUAGACAUUGUAGUGCAGAAUUUAAGAUUAAUUUUGACGACGGUUUUAAAGAUAUUUCGAAAGGUGGAUUAGCCUUUGAUUACAGUCAUAUAUCACUACGCCGUGGUAAAGGUCUUUUCGUUGGCAAUAGUAAAUUGUAUAUUUGGGGCUUCCAAAGCCGAUACCUCGGGAAAACAUUUGCAAUAAGAAUGAAAGUCAAGAUCAACCGUGGAGCUGGAAAAUACAGACCAGAACCAAUCAUAUCUAACUGUGGUCCCAAUGGCGAUUCCAGUGUUGAAAUUGUUGUCCAUCGAGGAAAAGUGAUUUUCAAGGCUAAAACAUCGGAUAAUCCAGAGGCUGUAUUUAUCACAGAAGAUUAUGAUGAUGAUAAAUGGACAGAUUUAACCUAUUAUUACGACGGCAAUCAUUUUGGUGGAAGUUGUAAUGGCAGACCGUUCAGACAAAGAACUGGAGGUAAUUUAGAAAUCCGUGAUAACCCCAUGACCAUAGGUUUGUGUACUGGACAAAAUGGUUUCCAUGGAGAAAUAGACGAGUUGGAGAUUUAUACGGCCUGCAUACCAAAGGACAUGGCAUAAAGUUGAGAAAGGACCAAUGUUUCUGCUUUGUUUUAUUUCUUUACUUUUUCUUUAUCUUUUUAUAAUUUGUAAAUAAAUACCAAAAAAAAUCACAAAAAGAAAUUUAGUUUCAAAAAUAUAUUACUGUUAAAAGUAAGAUCAAUAAUAAAAAAAUAAUAAAAGCUACAAAAUAAAA